AUGGGCAGCACAAGCACGAGUUCUGCUCUAAUCCACCAUUUCCGCCUCACCACUCGCAACACUGCUUCGCUUAGAAACCGUCCCUGCGCUGUCAAUUUCUGCAAUUCGUGGACGAAAGCUGGACUCCGAUACGGUGUGACGCGAAAAGACUUGGCCCGGGUGGUUCGCUUGUCAGCUCUUGAUGAUAACUCUGAAGAUUCACCAACGGAGACUACCCCCGGCGUUGGCUCUGCUGUGGAAGACAGACCAGAUGAGUCCUUUGAGCAAGAAGAUAGAUCAAGUUCGGUCUAUGAGUUUCUCUAUCCCCGUAAAGAGGAGCUCCCUGAUGACAAAGAGAUGACUAUAUUCGAUCAUCUCGAGGAGCUCCGCGAGAGAAUCUUCGUCUCCGUUUUGGCUGUGGGAGCUGCAAUCUUGGGAUGCUUCGCCUUCUCCAAAGAUCUAAUCGUGUUUCUUGAAGCUCCUGUCAAAACCCAGGGUGUGCGCUUUCUGCAGCUAGCUCCUGGCGAAUUUUUCUUCACAACUUUAAAGGUCUCGGGUUAUUGUGGGCUUCUACUAGGGAGCCCAGUGAUCCUGUAUGAGAUUAUAGCUUUUGUUCUUCCUGGUCUUACACGAGCUGAGAGAAGGUUUCUGGGGCCAAUUGUGUUUGGUUCCUCCUUGCUCUUCUACGCUGGACUUGCCUUCUCCUACUGGGUUCUAACCCCUGCAGCCUUGAAUUUCUUUGUGAAUUACGCAGAAGGGGUGGUAGAAUCCCUGUGGUCUAUCGACCAGUACUUUGAGUUUGUACUAGUUCUUAUGUUCAGCACGGGCCUGUCUUUCCAGGUUCCAGUCAUUCAGUUACUCCUGGGACAAGUAGGGGUGGUGUCGGGAGAUCAAAUGCUAUCAAUUUGGAGAUAUGUGGUGGUGGGUGCGGUGGUUGCAGCAGCUGUUGUCACGCCCUCGACAGACCCUGUUACUCAAAUGCUCCUAGCAACGCCGCUUCUGGGGCUUUACUUGGGUGGUGCAUGGAUGGUCAAGCUCACAGGUCGGUGA